GCCCGCCCCACCUCCCUGGUCCCGCCUUCCUUGCGCGUCUCCCGGGCAAAGUGCCAAGCUGCUCACCGCGUCUGCGCAGGCGCUCACUCCGCGUCUGCGCGCGCUCAUAAGACCAUGGAUCCCGAGUGGACUCACAUUCCGGAGUUGCUCGCUAAAGCGGAAGGCGAAAACUCAGCGGUUGGCCAGCAGCUCCGGCCCUCGGUCACAUGGAACCUAGACUCGCCCAUUGCCGGUAGGGUCGCUCCUCAGGCGACCACCAGUUCUGGCACCUACCCGGCGUCGGCUUUCUUCCGGCACAGUUGGCUCCGUAACCGCCGGGACACUCACGUAAGGAGCCAGCCGAAGAUUUGCUUCCUGCGGCCGCGGACCGCGCAGCCGCUGGUUCUCUUCAGCUUAAUGAAUUCCAGUGAAACAGCAGUGAAAAAAUUUUUACCCAGGAGCCACUUAUCUCGGGUGAUAAUACGUGACAACCUCAGUGCACAGCGAAUCUAUGAGAUGGAGAUAAGAGCUGCAGACAAGACCAAGAAAAAGAUGAGCCACUUGUAUGACCACCUGAAAAAGAAAUUCAUGACAGACCAGCUCAGAAAGUUGGGGCGCUGGCGACGGGAAUCCACGAACAUCCGGGAGUACCUGGAUAGCAUCCGAGGAAGCAAGGUCCCAUUAAAAGCUCAGCCUAACAGGAAAGAUCAGCCACCCUAGUCAAGGCAGAGUGGUCCAUCCUGGGGCCAUGACAACGCUCGGCUGACCAGUGACAAGCUGGAAGUGAGCCAGUCUACACCAUUGUAGAACAGCAAUAAAUGAGACCCGUGGAUGGUGGAGCACAAAGCCCCUUGGCAGUGCUGCUGUUUCUUGCCCAGUCCCGUCCCCUCCUUUUCUGGUGAAGGCAAUCCGGAUAGUCCUGUAGCUGCCCAAGUGGAAAGGACUGAAUCAAGCCGGCUUCCAAGGUUAAGGCAGAGAUUGACCUCUGGUACCCUGGUGCAUUGCACUGGUGCAAUGCACGGCCAGGUGUGCUGGGACAGUGGUACCUUGCAUAGGAAGGGCUUGGUAAUGCCACUGCCUGGCAUUCCAGUGGUGA